AUGAAGCUACAAUUGCCAACAUUUCAGUAUUUUUUAGUGUUUGCUGCUACUGUGUUUAGCACUGUCAAUGCAAAGUAUCUGCGUUUUGACAACCAUCAGUUAUGGAGAGUGAUGCCAACCACCCCUGCCCAUUCCACUAUCAUCUUUGACCUACAAGAGUCCAAUGUAAUAGAUGUAUGGAGUACCAAAUCUCAGGGCGGAAUGAUUUUAAUGAGAGUUCCUCCGACCUCCAUUGAUGCAGUCAAAACUCUGUUGGACAACUCCGGUAUUAGUCAUACCCUGGUAGUACCAUCUGUUCAAGACCUUAUUGACCAAGAAAAACAAGAGUUUAUUCCAAUGGACACCACAUUGAAUGAAUUCACUGCAGACUUUACAAGAGUGCAGCAUGAACAACAACAGGUUUUGGGUUUACCUGAAAACACUGUUUCUUCAGACAUGUCAGAUUCACUUUUGUCUGCAUCCUUCUUUAACAAAUAUCACACUAUUGAUGAGCUGCACGAGUACUAUAGAGCCCUAGCAAAAACAUACCCUGACCUCGUGGAAACAUUUUCGAUUGGAAAAACGUAUCAAGGAAGAGAUAUUCUCGGAGUUCAUAUCCAUGCCAAACAUAGUGUAAAUCGAGUCGCGGAGCCAAAAGAAAUUGUAUUCCAUGGUGGAAUGCACGCAAGGGAAUGGAUUGCCCCAGCAGUGGUUACAUUUAUGGCUACACAAUUGGUGGAGCAAUACAACAAAAAUACAGAUGUAACGACCAUGCUGGAUACAUUCAUAUACUCUAUUAUUCCAGUUUUAAACAUUGAUGGGUUUGUGUACACUCAUAAAAAAGACCGAAUGUGGCGAAAGACUCGUCAACCCAACAGAUUCGCUUGUGUAGGAACUGAUCCCAAUCGCAACUGGGAGUACGCUUGGGGAACGGGUGGAUCUUCAAGCAAUCCUUGCAGCGAAGCAUACAUGGGUCCUAAACCAUUCUCUGAGCCUGAACCUCGUCAAAUGGCUGCCUAUGUUCAAUCGCGUGCACCCAAUGUGAUUUCCUACAUUGAUUUUCAUGCAUUUUCGCAGCUAUGGAUGUAUCCUUUUGGUAAUAUUUGCAAUCAUCCAGCACCUGACAGUGCCAAACUGAUGCGAGUAGGUAAAGCAGCAGUUGGUGCUUUAAAAUCCGUUCAUGGCACAUCGUUUCAAGUGGGUCCUAUUUGUGACAUAAUCUACCAAGCAUCAGGAAGCAGUGUGGAUCAUAUCUAUGCUCGUGCCAACGUGACAUUCUCUUAUGCAGUCGAACUGAGAGAUACUGGAAACUAUGGGUUUAUCUUACCUCCCAAGUAUAUCAUUCCAUCUGGACAAGAAACGUUUGCUGGAAUAAUUGCCAUGUCGUUGCAGAUUAUCAAAGAAAUUUCCAACCAAGUGUUGUGA